UAAUAAAAAGUUUUUUAUUAAGUUACAUAUUUUAAAUAGUUUUUACUCACUUUGAGAGUAAAAAAGCUUUUUUACAUGGAAGAAGAAAUACCUAUACACAUUACACGUCACCAUGCUGGGACAAAUGAUGAAGAUAUGAUACUUCAGAGUAAAAGUAAUCCAUAUGAUGAUUUAUGGCAAUAUAAAUCAGAAGCAGAUGAUUUAAAUAAAUACGAUGACUUUCACACUAUUGACUGGUCCAGAGAUCGCAUGAGAGAUAGAAUGAGAUAUCGAAAGGUUGAAAAAAUGAAACAUGAAGGAACUCGAACCGAGAAAAUUAAAGGUUUUUAUGAUGCUUUUUCUGGAUGGCUAAUUGUGUUUCUGGUUGGUAUAACAACUGGCUUUGUAGGUGGUGUGAUAGAUAUAGGCGCAGAUUGGAUGAACGAUAUAAAAGAGGGAGUUUGUAAAAAUAACUUUUGGUUCAACAAAGAAACUUGCUGUUGGAGUUCAGUUGACCCAUUUGGUGAAGAUGGUUGCAAAGAUUGGCUAACAUGGUCAGAAAUAUUUGGAGCCAAAAAACCUUAUGCCUGCAAUUACUUUAGCUAUACUUUUUUUGCACUCUUAUAUGCAUCGCUUGCAGUCUUUCUUGUAAAAUUCUUUGCACCAUAUGCAAGUGGCUCCGGUAUUGCAGAGGUAAAAACAAUUUUAGGAGGAUUUGUAAUAAAAGGGUUUCUUGGAUGGUGGACCUUGAUUAUUAAAAGUGUAACAUUAAUUUUAUCAGUUUCUACUGGACUUAAAUUAGGACAAGAAGGGCCAAUGGUACAUGUUGGUGCAUGUAUUGGAAAUGUUAUUGUAAGACUCUUUCCAAAGUAUUAUGGGAAUGAAGCAAAGAGAAGAGAAGUUUUAUCUGCAGCAGCAGCAGCAGGUGUUUCAGUUGCAUUUGGUGCACCUGUGGGGGGAGUACUUUUUAGCUUAGAAGAGGUCAGCUACUAUUUCCCACUUAAGACAUUGUGGAGAACCUUUUUAUGUGCAAUGAUGGCUGCGUUAACUUUAGGUUACAUGAAUCCAUAUGGAAAUGGUCAUCUUGUUGUAUUUAACAUAAAUUAUCGCAAUCCUUGGCAACUAUUUGAAUUAAUCCCAUUCAUUUUAAUUGGCAUCUUUGGAGGAUGUUUUGGUGCAUUCUUUAUAAAGUUUAAUAUAAUGUGGUGCAGAAUUAGAAAAACUACAAGACUAGGGCGUUAUCCCAUUAUUGAGGUCUUUGUUAUUACAAUUUUUACUUCUUUAAUAUCUUACCCUAAUGAAUUUACAAGAAUUUCAAUGAGUCGUCUAAUUUCUGAGCUUUUUCAAAAUUGUGGACCUGAUGAUACAAGUCAUCUUUGUGAUUAUGUGUAUAUGACAAAUGUAACUCAAAAUGUAAACAGUGAAUACUAUCCGCACAGAUCAUUAGGACCAGGUGUCUAUGAAUCAAUUUGGAAAUUAAUUUUAGCUGUUAUAUUAAUAUCUGUUAUGUCUGUGCUCACUUUUGGAAUUAAGGUCCCUGCAGGGUUGUUUGUUCCCAGUCUUGCUGUUGGAGCUUGCGCAGGUCGAGUUUUUGGCAUUGGAAUGGAAAUUCUUGUAAGUUCGUAUCCAAAUUUUUUUCUUUGGUCAAGUGUUUGCUCAAAAACCAAGAAUCAUUGUAUUUUACCUGGUUUGUAUGCAAUGACUGGUGCUGCUGCAGGGCUUGGUGGGGUUACUAGAAUGACUGUCACCUUGGUUGUCAUUAUGUUUGAAGUGACAGGAGGUUUAACUUAUAUAAUUCCAUUUAUGGUUGCUAUAAUGACAUGUAAAUGGGUCAGUGAGGCUUUUGGGCAAGAUUCUGUAUAUAUUGAACACAUUCGGUUAAAAGGUUAUCCUUAUUUGGAUACUAAGGAAGAAUAUACAAAUCCUAGUCUUGCAGCUGAUGUCAUGAAUCCUAGGCGAUACACAGAACCUCUCACAUGUAUAACAAAGAGUGGUUUUACUGUCAAGGAUAUUGAGGAUCUGCUUGAAGAGAAUAAAUAUAAUGGUUUUCCUGUUGUUGUAAGUAAAGAAACACAAAUACUAUCUGGCUUUGUUACAAGAAGAGAUCUGAAGGUUGCAUUACAGUAUGGCAAGAUGCGUUGUGAAAACUUUGACUCUACUACUCAAGUCUAUUUUACAAAACACCCACCAGUAGAUGGACUCAACGAACAUCAAAGUACUCUAAGUUUCAGACAUAUUCUGGAUGCUAGUCCAUUUACAGUAACAGACUCCACACCAAUGGAGAUAAUAAUAGAUAUGUUUCGGAAACUUGGAUUGCGUCAAGUCCUUGUUACACAUGGAGGGAAACUCCUUGGGAUCAUUACAAAAAAAGAUGUUUUAAGACAUAUUGCACAAAUAAAGAAUUUAGACCCAGGACACAUAUUGUUCAAUUAAUAAUUUAUAUUCCUUUUAUAAUUUUAUAGGUUUUUCUAGAAAUCGUUAGAAUUGAAUUACUGCAUGAUUAUUAUUUUUUUUAAUUUUGCAUAUAGAAACUGAAAAUCAAAAACAAUUGUCACUUAUUUUUUGUGUCAAUUUUUAUGUCGAUUGUUUUAAUGAGUAAUACUAAGUCUUAUUUGCAAUUUUUUUUUUUUUUUUUUUUUUUUUGUAAUAUUGAUUAUAUUGCAUUUGGUGUUUUAUCUGUAAAUUAAAUCCAUUUUUUUAUAAUAUAUGUUUUUAAAAAGA